AUGGCAAGCAAACGCCACAGCCGGCAUGCGACCUUGGGCGGCCAGGGGCGCCGUGAGCUGUUGCCGUUCAAGGACGACCUCUUGGCCUACAUGCGAGCCAAACGUGACUCCGAAGAGCACCUACGGGUGUUUCACCUCAUGCGCUGGGUGAAUACGAAUCACAAAGAGUGGCUCGUGCAGUACCUGGCGUCCAAGAAGAACGAAGCGGUGGCGUAUCAGUCGUUCCGAAGUCGCACUGGCCGGGUUUUACCGGCAACCACUACAGAACUCCAACCUCGAGCCCAUUUCAGUCAACACCUUCAAGAAAUACGCCGGUGCACUCCCCGAGCCGUUGAGACACGUGUGGCCGCCAAUCUCGAUAACACUCCAUUCGCCGUCGUCUUUGACGGAUGGACGGAGAAUUCCCACCAUUUCGUUGGCCUCUUUGCGACGGUUCCCACGGCCAUGUCGUACGACAAGAUGCUCCUCUCGUUUGAGCCAUUGCUGGAUGAAACAUCUAUGACUGCGGAAAAACACAAAACGUUCACUCUACAACAGUACAUGCUUGACCAUACUAAGGUGGAGAGUGGCCUGGUUGCGCUAAUUGGAGACAACUGCGCCACCAAUGUGGCCUUGGCACGUCUCAUAUUUCGCCCGCUUGUCGGAUGCAGUAGUCACCGUCUCAACCUCGGGGUUGAGAAGUACUUGAAAAACGAGCUUAACAAAGUCCAAGCAAUCAUGGUUAAGCUGCGCAACGUGAAGGCAUCGGGACAACUCCGUUUGACAACAAUGCUACGGCCAGUUCUACGAAACGAAACGCGUUGGACUGGUGCGUCAACGAUGCUCAAUCGAUUUGUCAAGUUUAUGAGUCUCAAAGCCAUUGACCACACCGAUACCAUGUAUGCAGCUCUUAUGCCUACUCACCUCGAAUUGCUGCGAAUCGACUCGGCAGUGGCGGAGCUCAAGCUGUUCAUGUCGAUGACGAAGAAACUACAAACUCGAAAUAUCACAAUGAUCAAUGUUCGCUACCUGUUCGAUGCGGCCAUCCUACGCCAUCCGUUCCUCGACAAUUUUGUUGGACCAACUUGCAAGAAUGUGUCCUCGCCUAUGUUUGAGAGUACAAUUGUUAAGAUUCAAGGCUCUUGUGAGAAUCAACUUACCCCCGAGGAGCGCAAUCAAGUUCUGCGUUUGGUCAAGCGGGAGGAUCAUGCAUUCGCAGUUGAUGGUCAUACUCGGCAGAGAGAAGAUGAUUUUGCUUCGGAGACCUUGAAACGGCAGUGCGUGGAAUCUAAGUCGUCCUCGAGCUAUGUGUGCACUUCCUUUAUUGUGCCAACAUCGAACGACGUUGAACGCCUUUUCAGCUUGUGCAAACGUCUGUACUCUCCGCAUCGUCGAGCUUUGAGUCCUAUAACUCUCGAAAUUCUGGUGUAUUUGAGAACCAAUCGACAUCUUUGGGAUCAAGCUCUUGUGGCAUCAGUUGUACAUGGUAAUGAAGAUGAAAACGAUAAAGACAUUGACGAAGAUGAUGAAGACAUCGGAUCUGACUUCGAGUAA